CUUUAAUAUUAAACCGGUUUAAUUAAUUUUAAUCAACUAGAAACAAAACGUAAACAUUCAAACAUUGCAUACAAACGAAAAACGAAACCGGUGGAAGAUUGUAGAUGGCCAGCAGAAACAACCGAAACAUGUGGAUAGAAGGGAUAGGAGAUGAUGCGCUGUUAGCCGUUGGAGGCUUCUUUGGAAUGUUUAUUCCCUUGGUGCUGAUGGUUCAACAGAGGCAACGAGACCAGCAAAUACAUCCGGAGAAUGUGCAAUUAGCUGAGGAAACUCGGGAGGAAGUUAACCAUCAGAGGGCUGAAAAUCAGGCUGAGACAGAAGAUGCUAACGCACAGACUGAAGGACAGCAGGAGGGUGCGCCUCGUAUGAGGCCUGUCGGGGAGAACCAUGGCCAACAUGACUGUCCAGUCUGCCUUGGGCAGGCCGAGUUCGCCAUACAGACAAACUGCGGACACAUUUUCUGUGGUCUGUGUAUUGUGACAUACUGGCAACAUGGGCGUUGGCUCGGAGCUGUCCGCUGUCCAGUGUGCAGGCAAACGGUGACAUUACUGCUGGUUAAUUUUACCCAAGAGGAACACAACAGCAACUCGGCGGACAAACGUCAGAUUGUUGACUCCAUCUACCAGUACAACAGACGGUUUUCUGGUCAACCAAGGCCGUGGAUGGACUACCUUCGAGAUUUACCAACAUUACUACGUCAUCUCUAUAGCGAGUUUUUCACAGUUGGUGGACUUUUGUUCAUGUUUCGUCUGAGAAUAGUUGUAUGCUUUCUCAUGGCUCUUCUUUACUUCCUGUCGCCAUUUGACAUUAUACCAGAAGCAGUAUUUGGAAUUUUCGGAUUUCUUGAUGAUUUAUUUAUUCUUUUAUUGUUAGCUAUUUACGUUAGUAUGAUAUACCGAAAUGUGGUCAGAGAUCGAGCUACCGGUGCACAAUGAUUCAUCCUAACAAAAUAUUUUCAUUUCCAGUUUCGUAACCCUGAUUUUUAGCGCAAUUAAAAUACUUUGUUUGGUAGUUUUCAGAAGAAGAAAAAAUUCACCACUCAAAUGGGUAAAAAACUUUCUGGUCUCAUUUUUUUUUCUUUUUUGGCAGUCAGUUGGUUAGAGCCUGCAUAUUAAUUUUUAUAAACAGGUGACAAAGUUUUCAGAUUUAAUUUUUUCUUCCCCUUUUGGGAUUAAUUUUUGGUGGAUUCCUGCAGGUAAGAAAUGUGCGAACAUACCCAGACAAAAUGGCGAUGGUUUUAGUUUGUAAAUGAUGAUAUUCAGACAAACUAAUAAUAUGAAUUAAAAAAGAUAUUUUGACCUAUUUUUUGGCAUUAAAAUUUUAUACCAGUUGUUCUUUGUAUUAAUGCCAUUUACACAGUCCACACUCUUAAUGGAAGUGUUUUUGUAUACUAUAAUCAUAUUAAGUCAAGAAUAAUAUGUACUAUGAUCUUUUAUAAUUGUUUUUUUCCCUGUAUAUUGUUUUGCCUUUGAAAUGUAGCUGUAUUUAUAGAAAUAUGAACUCAUCUGUUAAUUAUGUACCUGUUUUUGAAACAUGGAACCUCCUGUGAAAUGUACCUGUAUUUAUAGAAACAUGGAUUCACCUGUGAUAUGUACCUGUAUUUAUAGAAACAUGGAUUCACCUGUGAUAUGUACCUGUAUUUAUAGAAACAUGGAUUCACCUGAGAAAUGUACCUGUAUUUAUUGAAACAUGGAUUCACCUGUGAAAUGUACCUGUAUUUAUAGAAACAUGGAUUCACCUGAGAAAUGUACCUGUAUUUAUGGAAACAUGGAUUCACCUGAGAAAUAUACCUGUAUUUAUGGAAACAUGGAUCCACCUGUGAAAUGGUCCUGUAUUUAUAGAAACAUGGAUUCACCUGUGAAAUGAUCCUGUAUUUAUAGAAACAGGGAUCCACCUGUGAAGUGGUCCUGUAAUUAUAGAAACAGGGAUCCACCUGUGAAGUGGUCCUGUAAUUAUAGAAACAGGGAUCCACCUGAGAAAUGGUCCUGUAAUUAUAGAAACAGGGAUCCACCUGAGAAAUAUACCUGUAAUUAUAGAAACAGGGAUCCACCUGAGAAAUGGUCCUCUAUUUAUUGAAACAGGGAUCCACCUGUAUUUAUAGUAAUAAGGAUUUAUCUGCCACAUAUUUAUGUUAAUAACUGACAUUGUGUGAAAAGAGAGUCUAAAUGAUAUGCAACAUAGACUGAAUAUUAUGCAUGUUUUUGAUCAACAUGAUUUUCUUGUUGUAUAUAUGCUUUCCGGUGAUUUAUAGAGAUACAUCUGUGAAAUAAACAUUAUAUCUGAUUGUUUCAAACAGUGAAAUAACAAUUUGACAUUUUUCACUAUUAUGGCUUUUGCACGCUUUCCUAUCAAACAUCAGCACAAUGUCACUGAUGUUAAAUCUGAACUGAAGCAGCGUUUGCAUACAUUUUGACACACAGUUGGAACUCACUUUGUCAAACUCUGUUAUGAGGGUGAGUUUCUUAUGUCAAACUGUUUUCAAGGGUUGUAGGUUUAGUAAGACAUGUUUUGAAUUCGGUUAUAUCAAAUGCUCAUUAUCUCAAAGUAUUUCCCAAGGUCCUAACGACUUCAACAUAGCAAGCUUUAACUAUAUAAUAAAAAGAAAAAUUCUUUGUUUCCAUGUAAGAUUGAAUAUAUUUUCACCUCGUCAAAACCAACUCGUGGCUACUCAUGAAAUAAAGCUUUUGGUUGCUCACUCAGUGAAAGAUAUUACGAUCUUACACUGAAGCAAACAAAUAUCCUCUAUAGUAAGA